AGCCCCUUUUUUUUGGAGGGCGCUUCUGGGGGGGGUCUGGGGGGCAGCGAGGCUGUUCGUUGAACCCCGUGACUUUGAGAGACCGUGACCUUGAGCCGGUCGGUUACAUCCUGGCGAAGACGACCCCGGUCGAGAGGACCCUGCCAGGGGGGCACUUCUGGCGGGACCCAGCCCCGGCUCAGGUCGGUUACAUCCUGGCCAAGAGGACCCUGGCAAUUCAGGUCCUGGUUGAGAGGAUCACCCAGGGCACCUAGGGCACCUGGGCGGGACCCGCCCCGGCUCAGAACGCAGUUUUUCACCUGCAGGUCGCGGACCUCCACCAGGCCGCAUUGCUUGCCCUAGUGGCGAUGGCAGUCAUCUUGACUCUUGCUUGCCGGUCCUUUUUCUAUAGGGCGGACAACAAAAUGGUCCGACUAAAGGGACGGCCCUCGGCUCACGCGGCUCGAGGGCCGCCAUUUCCGGAAAAAAACACCAUUUUGUUUGUUUUUCCGUAAAUUCAGCUUUGCGUGGUUUUUGAGCGUGAUUUUGCAUGACAGGUUGCCGGUGUUGCGUUUUUCUCAUGAUUUUCACGUUGUCGGUCGUGUUUGGAAAGAGCUUCCCCAAGCACGUGAGCCUUGUGAAGGCGAGAUUCGGGGACGUUCUGGGGUCGGGCGGCAGGGAACCGCUCGCGGGUGCAAAGACUUCGACGUGCAGAUCUUCUCGCAGUGGAUCCAAUUCGUGCUACUGGGGACUCUGUGGCUGGGCACCUGUGCGGAUUGGUGUCAACUCGGCCUUUGAGCAGUGUUUCAGGCUUUGUUUUGACAUCGAGGCAUACUGCCCGUGUAUCUUUGGAAAUCGUGACCUCGUUGAGCCAGGCACUGCGAACUUUUGAGCUUCCGUGCCAUGAAGCAACGUCCUUCCAUCAAGACGUCUGGGACCAGGGACGCCAGAAACCCCCGCCCUUCAGGCCCUGGCGGCCCGGUGCCGAUUUCGGCUGCUUGUUUUGCAGGCAGGCCAGUUUGGUAUCUCGCUUGGACUUUGAUGCAGCGGCAGGAUGUGGGUCAGCCAGUCUGACGGAUGGACGCUGCGAAGCCUUGCAAGGCUUGGCCCGACCGACCUUCAGGCCGCGAGUGAAAAGGAGGAGGAGCAUCCAAACCCGUGCGUUGGUGUUGCCAAAGAAGCCAGUCAAUCUUGUGUUUGCUCUGGAAACUUGGCUCGAGGGUACUCAUCAACACUGACACAACAACAGCUCGCAAUGGUUGCCCGAUGGGUCUAGUGCCAGUGCUUGAGGAAUCGCAGGCCGCUCAAGCGCUUUUCGAAUAGCCAUG